GCACAAUUCACAGGUGAAAAAGAAAGAGAAAGGGAAAGAAAAAAGAAAGAAAAGGAAAAUGGCAAUGGUUGGUAACAAGCCUCAUGUGGUGUGUGUUCCAUUCCCAAUGCAAGGGCACAUAAUUCCGAUGCUAAAAUUUGCAAAACUCCUUCACUACAAAGGUUUUCAUGUCACCUUUGUCAACACUGAGUUUAACCAUAACCGCAUUCUUGACUCCAGAGGUUCGAAUUCCUUAGAUGGCUUCCUCGACUUCCGUUUUGCCACUAUACCUCUUCAACACCCUCCUUCCGAUUCUCACACUAGUUUAGCCAUGAAUUUGCUUGCCCUACGUGAGACUUGCAGAAAGCACUUCCUGACCCUUUUUCGUGAUCUUGUGACCAACCUCAAUGACACUGCUUCUUCUUCAAGUCCUCCGGUGACAUGUAUCCUUUCCGAUGCUAUUUUGAGUUAUAGUUUAACUCUCUCCGAGGAACUUGAAAUUCCUAACGUUUUGCUUUGGAAUAUGGGAGCUUCUGGGUUUAUGAGUUUUAAGCAUUCUCGUGAUCAAAUCAAACAAUGUAUUGCUUUCCUCAAAGAUCCAAACAAUAUCCAGGGAGCUUCAGGUAUGAAUCUGGACAGCAUGAUGGAAUGGAUUCCAGGAAUGAAAGGAGCUCAAGUGAGGGAUUUGUCCAAGUUCAUCAAAACUAAAAAUCAAAUAAAUUCCAUGGAAGAUUCUAGCGAAGGUGAUCUGGGAAGAGCUUCAAAAGCAUCAGCUGUUAUAUUUCACACUUUUGAUGCCCUAGAAAGUGAAGUUUUGGACAGCCUUUCUCCAAUCUUUCAAAGGGUCUUUACCGUUGGUCCUCUACAAUUGCUCCUUGACCAAAUCCCAAAUGAUCAACACAAUUCUAUAGAAUGCAAUCUGUGGAAUGAAGAGGCAGAGUGCAUCAAAUGGCUUAAUUCCAAAGAACCCAACUCAGUGAUUUACAUAAAUUUUGGAAGCACUACAGUAAUUACUGAGGAGCAACUAGUUGAGCUUGCAUGGGGACUUGCUAAUAGUAACCAUAAUUUCUUGUGGAUAACAAGGCCAGAUCUGAUCAUGGGAGCCUCAGCAAUUCUGCCACCCGAGUUUUUGGUUGAAACUAAAGAGAGAGGCUUUAUAGCAAGUUGGUGCCCACAAGAAGAAGUACUCAAUCACACAUCAACAGCAGGAUUCCUAACCCAUUGUGGAUGGAACUCAAUAUUGGAAAGCAUAUCUUCAGGAACACCAAUGAUCUGCUGGCCAUUCUUUGGAGAACAUUUUGUCAACUGUAGAAAGAGUUGCAAUGAAUGGGGAAACGGAAUGGAAUUGAGUAAUAAUUUCAAAAGAGAUGAUGUAGAGAAGCUUGUUAAAGAGUUGAUAAAUGGAGAAAAUGGUAAAAAGAUGAAGAGCAAGGCUAUGGAGUGGAAGGAAUUAGCAGAAGAGGCUACUACUCCAAAAGGGUCAUCAUCCUUGAACCUGAACAAUCUAGUGAAUGAAGUCCUGCUAUCAAGGAAGUGAUUGAUCAAGUUGGUGAUCUUUUUGGGUUAUAUUUAACUUGUCUUAGUGAUGAUGAUUUGAUGCACACUUGAGUGUUAUGUUUGGUGAGUCUGGUCAUUGGUCAAUUAGCUUUCUCAGGUUGUUUACAGUAUCUUUCUUUUGUGAUGCUUUCUCAGGUUGGUUGUUUACAGUAUCAUUGGGCAAUUAGCUUUCUCAGGUUGUUUGUUUGAUAUUCAAAAAGUAAUCGCCAAAAGUAAAAUAAUUUACAUUUACGUCCAACAGACCUUUCUAUGGCCCAUUCGAACCUGAGCCCAACUGGGCGACCAAGCGACGUCGUUUGGAGUUAGAAGAAAAAAAACAAUCCUGCAAUUUGCAUCGAUUCUUCUAAAAAUUCAACUCUAGGGUUUACCUGUGGCAAUUUAACAGUUAAACAAAGGGUCCAAAUAUAUUAAACUCAAAUUCAAUUGUUAUAUUAAAUCCAAAAUUCAAUUGUUUCUGUUAAAACUCUGUAAUCGAUUCAAUGUUGGACGAAAGUAAAUUUGAUGUGCAACUGAAGUUAUGGGCAUUAAGAAUACCUCGUGAACUCUGCAAGACUGCAACUCGCUUACUGAAUGG